AUGCCUUCACAGACAUUCUUCCUCCUUGGAGAGGAUGUCUCUACCGCUAAAGAGAUUGAUAUCAAUCCUUCACAGGGCAUUGAUGAAGUAAAACUCUUGAUUGCUGCUCAUUUUGCCAUUGUGGAUCAGAGUGGUAUCGGCUUCCAGGGUAAUGGCGCUGUUCUUACGGAGACAUCGGAAAUAGUCGCUGCGACUGGUCCUGUGCCUAUUACGGUUGACGGACAUCCUGUCCGCGACCCACCCUGCCCUAGGACACUACCCUUCGUUGGAACAUUCUUCGAAGUUUAUCCUGACCAUCUCGGCAACCACCAGCGCCUUUUUGACAAGUAUGGGCCUGUAAUCAAGACAAGCAACAUGGGUCGUGUCACAUACCAGACGAAUGACCCCAAGAUUACGGCUAUUGCCUUCUCUGAGUCCGACUUUUUCACCAAGAAGAUCAAUGAAUCGCACCCUUCCCACAAGUUUCUGCCUCCCGCUCUUGGGCCUAAGGCUGUUCGCCAUUACGCUCCAACUAUGCAAAAAACAGUCGAGGAUUCAUUUAUGGUAUUUGAUUACUUGGAUAAGCAAGGUGAGGCCUGGAAUGUUUACCAGCAUAUGCUGAAACUCGGCUCGCAAGCCGUUGGAAAGCUCACCCUGGGCUUGGACUUCCAGCACUUCAGCUCUCCAGAUGCCCCGGUUCAUGAAAUGGUACACAAUAUUGCAGAGCUCCUUUCGCUGAACAAGAAGGUUACCUCCAAGGGUGACUGGUACAGCUCUCUGCCCUUUGGUGACCCCAAGCGCCUCAAAGCCUUGAAGGCCCGCAUUGAAGAGAUGGUGGAUGAAUCUAUUCAGAAGGCCUCUCGAGGUGGAGUGGAUGAUUUACCUCUGCAAGACGCAGCUCUAGCCGCAAGCAACAUGGUUGACUAUGCGGUCCGGGCCACGGAUAACAAGGGCGAAAAACUACCUAAAUCCAGUCUGGUGUGGGCUCUUGUCGUUGCUACUGGUGCCGGGUUUACUACUACAAGCUCCCUUCUCUCGUGGCUCAUUUACGGGCUUUGUACCUAUGAGGGCAUGCAGGAGCGACUUCUCCAGGAGUUAAUUGAUCACGGCUUUGAUGAAAAUACCCAGAUGACCGCAGAGCUCACAGAUAAAUUAGACUUCCUCGACAAGUAUAUCAAGGAGACUCAGCGUCGGCAUAACCCGUCUUUCCAGCCCGGACGUACUGCCAAGGUUGACCUUGUCCUCCCUGGGGGGUACAAGUUGCCGAAGGAUUCAGUGAUUAUUCCUGCACUUCAUCACAUCCAUAAUAAUCCCGAAAUUUGGGAUAACCCCGCCCGGUUCAAUCCGGACCGAUGGGACACGGAGGAGGUGAAGAACCGCCACAAGGCCGCUUAUAUUCCAUUUGCCAUGGGGCCCCGCAUGUGUAUCGGGUUUAACUUUGCCCUUCAGGAGAUCAAGGUCUUCCUGCCCAAGCUCAUUUACCGCUAUAAGUUUUCACGGGAGGGCGACGGGCCGAUUGAAUAUGAUCCCAUGUUCCAGCUGAUCCGACCGAAUAACCUUUAUGUACGUGCAGAAAGACGGGUCAAGUGGCCACCAAGGUCGAGCCAGAGCAACAUCGCCUAA